AUGGAGAUUGAUGAGGAGUAUCCGUUGCACUCUUGUGCUUUUCAUGGGUCACCGGAGUUUGAAAUGUUAAUUAGAAAUGCAGACUUGAAUCAGAUAAAUAAACGGGAUCCCUACGUACGGCAAGGUUACCUCCUUUUCCGCGAGCAGCUCAGUAAUAAUGGUCAGAGCUCUCUUAUUUCUCAAAACUUAUUGAAAAUUCCUGACUGCAUUUUGGAUUUCCGAUGGGAGUUUCGAACUUGGGUCCCCUUUCUUGCUCGCCACUUACCUUCGGAUAACUGCAGAUUGUUCAAAAAGGACAAUCUUAUUAGACUUGAUACAACACUGUUGGACUUUAAAAAUCGUAGUUGGGUUCGCGGUCAACUGAGCAUAAUUGUUGACGGGAACAAACCGUUUAAAUCUCGCACUUGUCUCAUUGAUCACGAGCAUCGAAGCUAUCAGAUCCUCGAUGGAACGAUGGCGCGGGAGAACAGCGAUGAAUGGCUUAAUGAGACUGUUCAAACCUCUCUCCACAUGCCGCUUAUCCGAAUGCACAUGGACUUCACUCGACUCUCCUGCAAGAAGGAGACCUCAAAGUUACCAUGGCUAAAGGACAAUGUCCCGGAAAAAAUCGGUCCCUACAACACACAGAAUUACUCCAUUAAUCACGUCAAAAUCUCUGUGAAAAAGAGAUCGGAACACCUAACCAAAGAGGAUGUUCGAUUUCUUUCCACCCUCCAUUCACAUAUCAAACAGGGAACUGUCAACAGUGCUGUCAAGUUGGUUCAAGAUCGUGCCAGUGUCGUUAACGAAGAAACAGCGGAUGGAGUCAAGCUUCCACGCCUCACACCACGUGUCACGUGGAGGACCUAUCGCAGUUGGAAACUACAAGGCAAUGACCUCUAUAUUGGCCGAAAACCUGUGCUUAAACUACAAACCAAUGAGAUGAAACUCAAUGUCGCCAUGACAAACGAAAUCGACUUCAAUAUCACAUACCUCUUGGACAUGUUCAAAUGUUUCUCACCUCUUCGUAAAUUUACGAAACUAGACGAGACUAUUCUCUCCUCUCUUCCACCGGGCUUUCCCGUGCGAAUCGAUGUUCCUGUAUCCCCGGGCAUCACCGGUCGAGUGACCUUCAAGAGUGUUGAACUCUGUGAGGGAGACAAGAUGACUAAUUCGGGUUUUGUGCUUCGAGAUGAACUCUUUAAAAUACCCAUGGGUUAUAUCUCCAGUGAUGUGCUCUAA